CCAGGAUGGGAGGGGGAGUGCUGAGCAGCUUCUGAAGAGAGAAGUUGAUGCUCAGACUGGGGCAACCAGGAGCGGAGGACACCGGUUGUUUGGCUGCAGGGAUUUGAAUGCUGGUAUGGUGUGUUGCUUCCAGAAACCUCUACAGCGAUGAUGAACCUCAUCAUGUGUUCAUGUGUUGUGCUGCUGGACCUCAUGACAGUCCACAGCCGUGUGCUCAUGCAGGGACGUAUCGUAGGUGGUUCCACUGCUGCGCCAAACUCCAUCAAAUACAUUGUGUCACUGCAGAGCACCAGGGGCCAACACUUCUGUGGUGGAUCAUUGGUUCACAGGUACUGGGUGCUGACAGCAGCACACUGUAACAUCGGGGCAGAACACAUGAUGAUUGUGGCGGGAGACUACAUAGUAAAUAACUUUGAGGGUAAUGAGCAGUAUGCUAAACCCCACAGGCUGGUCACCCACCCCCUCUACAACAGGAGCACUAACAACGCUGACAUCAUGCUCAUUAAGUUGCGGGCCCCCAUGGUGCUGAACAAAUAUGUGUCACUGGUGCCUCUUCCCAGGCAGGGGACGGGUGUAGUUGAAGGCCGGGUGUGUCGGGUGUCUGGGUGGGGCUACAAUAGUCUGGGUGAAGGCCAGGCCCGCUUCACCCUGAGGACGGUCACAGUGCCCAUUAUUUCAACUGCAAGAUGUAACAGCAGUGAGUCCUUUAAUGGCAAUAUCACAGCAAACAUGAUCUGUGCUGGCUACAGGACUGGAGGAAAGGAUGCAUGCAAGGGUGACUCUGGCGGCCCGUUGGUGUGCGGGGGACGUGUCUACGGUGUGGUCUCCUGGGGCAACGGCUGCGGGGAUGCUAAGUUUCCGGGAGUCUACACGGUGGUGUCUAAAUUCCGCCGGUGGAUAGAUAAAACCAUCUAUGGGUCCUACUUCCGCUGCCCCAGAUAUAGAAACGUAUAAAACUAAGAUGAUUCAAGUUUUAUGUGUAUAGCUGGUUCUGUGUGAACGAUGCAGAGCUUCAUGGGAUAGAUCUUUAGAUUUAGUUGUGCAAGAGGCGGAUAUGCUUUCAGUAAUGAUCUGAUUUUUCUGAUAACGUUUUGAAUAAAGGUGAUCCAUCUCAUAUUCUCAGAUUAGCUGUAAACAGUGCAUCUCAGCCAAGAUC